AUGAAUAAUACUACUACUACUUCUUCUCUUAAUCUUCAAUAUGAAGAAAAAGUAAAGAAUGUAUUACAUUAUAAUAUAUAUUUACAUUUUGGUAGAAAUCCAAGACAAUCUUAUGGUCGUGUUGAAAGAGGUACAAUCAACUCGUUUGUUUGUAAUCCAUCAAAACUACAUCAAAUGUUUGAUUAUUAUAUGAAAGAUCGUGAAACAGCACUAGUCUGUUAUCUAUUGGUCAAGACAUCCUUCAAGUUUGACUCUGACUAUUUGUUACAACAAUACAUUCAUAGAAUCAAAGCAAACCCGCAAUCUGGUAGUAGAAUAUUAGAAUCAAUGCACAAACAAAACCAUCAAUCAUUGGAUGAAAGAAGAUAUUCUUGUAGAAAGGAUCUAUUUGAUUUGUUUGCCAAGUUCAAUCCUUUUCAACAAGUAAUUGGAAUGUCUAAUCAUUUAGCAGUACAAGGUAAACAUUGGGUAGAUAUGCAAUCAUUUUUGGCGUAUGCCGAUCAUUUUAGAUUAGAUGUAUUACAAUACUUUAACAAAGGUGUUGUAACUGGUUAUGCUGAAAUUACAAAAAAGGAUUUGGAUAUAUCUUGUAGUGUGGCUAUUACCAAAUGUGGACGUUGGGAUAUUAUAGAACAAUUAAUCAUUGCAAGAAUGAUACCAAAUCAAUUGUUUUUAGAAUUAUGUCUUUGUAAAAGAACGAUGGAAAUAGAAAGGAUACUAUUAAAUCAUCCACAUUUGGAAUACUUGGAUUCAUUCAUGUCAACCGACCAAAUUAUUCAUAGUAUAUGCCAAUUACAAGAUACACAAUUAUUAGAUAUUCUAUCAAAUCAUUUGACAAUGUUUGACAAGUCCUAUAAUAUGAUACAAACAACCAACAACCCUAUCAAUGAUGAUAAUAUACAUAGACCAUUCCUAAUGUCAAAAGUCAAUACCUUUUUACUCAACUAUCAUAAACACUAUCGUACAUCUACCAAAAACCUAAAUACAACCUUGUCAUUUGAUAAUAGACAAGAUUUACUAUUACAUCAUACCAAACAAACUGUUACUGAUCAAUCCAAACUAAUCUUUGAUGAAUCAAUCAGUGAUAAUAAUAAUAAAUUUACUUUUUUAGAAUUUUAA